AGUGAAAUAGGAUUGUCAAAACCUUCUAGAGCCACAUGCAGUAAAUGAGUAAACUGAUUCAAAACCGGAAGUGCAAAUCACGUGACUAAUCAAAAUGGCAGCGCAACGAUGGUUACCUUUGGAAUCCAAUCCCGAUGUGAUGAACAAGUAUGUCCGUAAUCUUGGUGCUCCUGAUGAUUGGAGCUUCUGUGAUGUUUUUGGAAUGGAUUCAGACCUACUCGCCAUGGUUCCCAGACCAGUCGCUGCAGUUCUCUUUCUAUACCCCAUAAAAGAAAAUUCAGAGGGGGACCCCAAUGAGAAGCAAGACCCUGGCACGUCCCUAUACUUCAUUAAACAAACUAUUGGAAAUGCCUGUGGAACUAUAGGUCUUAUACAUGCAUUCCUCAACAAUACAGACAGUAUUACCUUGCCAGAUGGAGCCCACCUUAAAGAACUUUUAAGCAAGAGUUCUUCCCUGACACCUGAAGAGCGUGCCAAACUUUUGGAAGAAGAUGAGUGCAUUGGAUCGGCGCAUGAGGAAUCUGCUAAGGAAGGCCAGACAGCAGCACCAUCUAUUGAUGAAAAAGUGAAACUACAUUUUGUUACAUUUAUUCACAGUGAUGGCACUCUGUAUGAGAUGGAUGGUAGAAAAUCGGCCCCUGUUAACCAUGGACCCACCACAAAAGACAGCCUGUUGGAGGACACUUGCACAGUUGUGAAAGGAUUCAUGGAACGAGACCCAGAUGAGGUGAACUUCACGUUAGUUGCCCUAGCUAAACAGUGAGCCACCACAAUGAUCCAUGAACCACCCCAUAUUGAAGUUGCCAUGGGUUACCACCUGUUGACAGGCAGGUGCAAUAUUAUAUAUGUAGCUAUCAUAAAAGCUGUCUGUGAGACUGUGAUCUUCUACACUAAACACAAACAUACAUGGACCUAUUGCCAUUGGAUCAUUUUAUUGGACAUUGUAACAUACAUGGCUUUAUAAUGCGCCGAUAUUAACAGCACAUAAUAUUUGCUUGCAAACUCCUCUGUAUGUUGAUCAGGCCUGUAGCCAGGGGUGGUUUGGGAUGGUCAGAAAUUCUUUCAAAAUCAUUCAUUUUUCAUUAUUCUGAGCACAUUUCAGGUGAUUUUGGGGCAAAGAUAUCCUAUUUGGGGUUGUUCACUCAAUACAAACCUUUGCGGGGUUCUUAUAAGCUGAGUCUUCAGAUAUCACAAUAUGUUGCCAUACAAAUGUGUCAAAUUUCAACAUCUUCCCACACCAACUAAUUUGUAUGAUAUAAUUGGCAGGUACAUGUAAAUAACACCCCAAAGCCAUUCCAGAUGUCUCAUUAUAGGACCAAUGCCAUAAAUGUCC